AAUAGAUGCGGAACAGGGAGAAGGGGAGCACAGCGGGCAUCAAUAGAUAGAGGCAGGGGGCGGACGAGUGUUGCCCUUCAUCAUUUUAGCACAUUUGUAUAUUGUUGCGGUCCAUUUGUAUUGUUUUUGUUGGUCGGACCGGGAUACUCACGGAACCGCUGUGAAAAUGGCGCAGCCACAAAGCAAGAAGAUAUUCUUUGAGAACCUGUCGGGAGCGGGGAAAGCCAUCGCGGUGCUCACGAGCGGAGGGGAUGCUCAAGGGAUGAAUGCUGCUGUACGUGCCGUGGUUCGAAUGGGGUUAUAUGUGGGAGCAAAAGUUUAUUUCAUUCAUGAGGGUUAUCAGGGUAUGGUGGACGGUGGGGAGAACAUAGAGGAAGCCUCAUGGGAAAGUGUCUCCAGCAUGCUACAAGUGGGUGGGACCGUUAUCGGCAGCGCCCGCUGUAAGGAGUUCCGCAGCCACGAGGGACGCCUGAAGGCCGCCCACAACCUGGUGCAGCAAGGCAUCACCAACCUGUGCGUGAUCGGUGGAGAUGGCAGUCUGACGGGGGCCAACCUCUUCCGGGAGGAAUGGAGCGGGCUGCUGACGGAGUUGGUGGAGCAAGGUUUGAUCGAGGCUGAUGCCGUCCAGAAGUAUUCGGCCCUGCACAUCGUGGGGAUGGUCGGCUCCAUUGACAACGACUUCUGUGGGACCGACAUGACAAUCGGCACCGACUCCGCUCUGCACAGGAUUAUCGAAGUGGUGGACGCAAUUAUGACAACUGCACAGAGUCACCAGAGAACAUUUGUGUUGGAGGUCAUGGGCAGACAUUGUGGCUACCUGGCCUUGGUGAGCGCCCUGGCUUGUGGAGCAGACUGGGUUUUGAUACCUGAGAUGCCUCCAGAGGACGGCUGGGAGGACAAGAUGUGUGAAAAACUGUCUGCGAACCGAGCAGGGAUGAAAAGGCUGAAUAUCAUAAUUGUAGCCGAAGGGGCGAUUGAUCGUAGCAACAGGCCCAUUACCACUGACAAUAUCAAGGAUCUCGUCGUAAAAUGCUUGGGCUUCGACACGCGAGUGACCAUCCUGGGGCAUGUGCAGAGAGGAGGGACCCCCUCUGCUUUUGACCGCAUCCUGGCCAGUCGGAUGGGUGUGGAGGCCGUCCUUGCACUUCUGGAGACCACAGCUAACACGCCAGCCUGUGUGGUCUCUCUGUGUGGGAACCAGUCAGUGCGCCUGCCUCUGAUGGAGUGUGUACAGAUGACUCAAGAGGUCCAGAGGGCCAUGGAUGGGAAGCGGUUUGAGGAGGCCGUUAAGCUCCGGGGCAGGAGUUUUGAAAACAACCUGAAGACGUACAAACUGCUGGCUCAUCGUAAACCAGAAUCCGAACUGCCAAUUAGUAACUUCAACGUGGCGGUGCUGAACGUCGGCGCCCCUUCAGCGGGCAUGAAUGCCGCCGUGCGCUCGGCCGUCAGGGUGGGCAUCUCUGAGGGGCACAAGAUGUUUGCCGUCAGCGAUGGGUUUGAGGGGUUCUCCAAAGGACAGAUUAAGGAGAUUAAAUGGGCUGAUGUCGGAGGAUGGACGGGACAAGGUGGCUCUCUGUUGGGAACCAAAAGAACACUUCCUGCAAAGCACGUUGAUAAAAUUGCCGAGCAGAUGCGAGAGCACAACAUUAACGCUCUGCUAAUUGUUGGUGGAUUUGAGGCCUUCCUGUCACUGCUGGAAUUGUUAACGGCACGCGGGAAAUAUGACGAGUUCUGCGUGCCCAUGGUCAUGGUCCCGGCCACCGUCUCCAACAAUGUGCCGGGCUCAGACCUCAGCAUCGGUGCUGACACGGCUCUGAACGCCAUCACCGCUACUUGCGACCGCAUCAAGCAGUCGGCCAGCGGGACCAAGAGGCGCGUGUUCAUCAUCGAGACCAUGGGAGGCUACUGCGGCUACCUGGCCAGCGUGGGAGGCCUGGCCGCCGGAGCCGACGCUGCCUACAUAUACGAGGAGCCCUUUGACAUCAGAGACCUGCAGGCCAACGUUGAGCAUUUGACUGAGAAAAUGAAGACCAGCAUUCAAAGAGGACUGGUCCUCAGGAAUGAGAACUGUAAUGAGAACUACACCACGGACUUCAUCUACCAGCUGUACUCUGAAGAAGGGAGGGGGGUGUUCGACUCCAGGAAGAAUGUGCUGGGACACAUGCAGCAGGGAGGAGCGCCGUCUCCGUUCGACCGUAACUUUGGGACCAAGAUCUCCGCCAAGGCGAUGCAGUGGGUCACCAAAAAGCUGGUGGAGACAUUCAGACAGGAUGAAGGCCGAGUGUUCGCUAACACCGAGGACACCUGCUGCCUGCUGGGGAUGCGGGGCAGGGCUCUGGUCUUCCAGCCCGUUGUGCAACUCAAGGGAGAGACCGAUUUUGUUCACAGGAUCCCCAAGGAGCAGUGGUGGUUGAAGCUGCGUCCUCUGAUGAAGAUCCUGGCUAAGUACAAGACGAGCUACGACGUGUCGGACUCCGGACAGCUGGAGCACGUCGUGCGCAACCGGCCCAGAGAGUCGGACGCUUCGGUCGCCAUGUGAGGGCCAGCGGACCACGGUGGCCCCCCAAAGUCCAGUCUGUGUGCAGGACCGGAAGGUCCGCGAGGCGUCGGUGUGUGUGUGUCGUAAAAAAAAAAAAACAGCUUGAGUAACGACGUCAACAGCCGUCUCUGUUUGACCGCAUACCGUGUUAAUUUCCUGUCUGUCAUUACCUUCAAUAUCAUGAACCGUAACCGAGCCUCUGCAGUGUUCCUAAUAUCAAACACACAUACACACACACACACACGUGCGUGCUCUCGUACACAGCUGUCCCGCCAUGCAUCUUGUGUGUACUUGUCGCCCUGGAUGUUUAGUGUCACCGCUGUUUUAAAAAAAUGCACUUUCUCUGUCUCCGGUUGCGUAGGCAGGCUCUGAGCCCAGAACUGCACCAGGACAGAAUAGACCCUGUGUGUAACUGCUGUAAAAACCUGUGUGUGUGUGUGUGCGUGUGUCUGCCUAGACCCAGUGUGAGGUUCAGCAUAUUUAUGUGAGACUGAUGCAAUACAGCUCUACUGCUGCAAGUCAAGAGGACUGUGUGCUGUGCUUUACACUGAAACUAAUAUUUAUCUUUUUAACUUUGUUUAUUAUUUUGCUCGUCAACAUGGAUAUCUUAUUAACUGUAGGCAGUGCUGUACUGUCAUGUUGCACCAACAAGUUAGAUGUGUAAGAGACUAAUGUUUCCCAUGGAAUAAAAAUCAGUCUUGAGAAGUGUAACCUA